AUGAAUGUGUAUUGUUAUUGUUGUUGUGUUUUGUGUCUAACAUAUGAUACCAAUCGCGAAGACAUUUGGACACCAGUGAUGGGAUCGAGAAUCAGGACAAACACCGACAUCAGUCACGUGUUUGAAUGCUAUCUGGAGAUCGGUUGGAGUGAGGGAGGAGUGGCCACCGCUGCGGACAACAAGCCCUCAAUUGUGGCCAAAUAUCCGGCCGACUAUUGCGCGCAAGAGAUACUGAAAUGUGUGCCGCAGUUCGCCUACCCGUGCGAACUGGCCGUCGAAACGGUCACACAUUUCUCAUUCGUGUUGACAAACAUGGACUCGAAGUGGACGUUCGGCUUCUGCCGUCUGGCGCCCUACUCGCGCACGUGUCUGGCCAUCGUGUCGUACCUUCCCUGGCACUCGACCUUCUAUAAGAUACUCAACCAUUGCUCGGACAUCGCGGCCAACGCCGGCGAACACACGUCGGCCGCUCAGAGCGCCUACAAACGCAACUUCUUGGACGCCAUCUACGGCUCGGAGAUACCGCAACCGGGCCUCGAGCUCGCCGUCACGUAUUACGCGGACAACGGCUGCCGCGAGUUCGUCGCCCAGUGUCCCGACCACCUGAAGCUGCCCUCCAUUCCCGAGGACCGCAAUCUGACCGAGUAUUUCAACGCCAUCGACGCCCACAAUAUGAUCGUCAUAUUCGCCAAUAUGUUGAACGAGCGGCGAAUCAUAAUGACGUCCAAGAAGUUGUCGCGACUGUCGGCCUGCGUUCAGGCGGCCAACGCACUCAUCUAUCCGAUGCAUUGGCAGCACAUCUUUAUACCGGUUUUGCCCCACCAUUUGCUCGACUAUCUGUCGGCUCCGAUGCCAUUCCUGAUCGGUGUGCCGACAGCGCUGAUGGCUCGGGUGCGUCGGGCAGAGUUGGGCGAUAUAGUGAUACUGGACUGCGACCACAAUCGGGUGGACUCGCCCUUCGAUGACGUCCAGAUGUUGCCCACGGAUAUCGUGCACACCCUUCGCAAGAGUCUCCGCAACCCGAUGUCGGUGUCAAUGCUGGGCGAUUUGGUGGCCCGCAGUUUCCUGCGAGCGCUGGUGUCGCUGAUUGGCUGCUAUCGGGACGCGCUUCGGUUCACUCCCGGCCAGAAGAUCAGCUUCAACUACGAGGCAUUCGUGUCCGCGCGGUCGCCAUCGGUGCAGACAUUCCUCGAGAAGAUGCUUCAGUUGCAGAUCUUCCGGCAGUUCAUCGAAGGCCGGCUCGAGAUGUUGAACAACGGCGAGGGCUUCAGCGAUGAGUUCGAGUUCGAGCUGAACAUGUAUGAGGACAAGAGCACACAUCGGCUUAAGACUCAGUACAAGGAGUGGUUGGCGGCGAUGCGCAAAGAGGGCGGCGCUAUACUCAAGAGUGUCAACCCGAGGGUGAAGUCCGUCUAUCGGCAGGUGAAGGACAGGAGCCGUCAGACGUAUAGGGAUCUGAAGACCAAAAUGCAGAACAAUAACGACAAGUCCUACCAUUACUCAGACAAUACUCAACACAAGACGAGCGGCACCUCUGCCGAUGGCUAUAAGGCUCACAAGACGGCGAGCGCGCCGUCCAGUCCUACGUUACCCAUCCGUGCGAUCGCCGGUAGUAUUAAGAAGAGUAUUAGCGGUAAUGUUAUCGGGAAGACAGACAAAACUGUGACUUACGUCCGACAGCGGGCGUCAAACAACGGCAGCGAAUCCAAUGGCAAAGCCAUCACUCGUUUACAGAAUGGGUUCACAAAGUCAUUGUCGGUCACUAACGGCCUGUCGUCGUCGUCCACAGCGUCCGGAUCAACGCUUUCGGGCCGAUCAACGGCUCCGGAGGCCUCUCCAGAGAUAUCGGACGUGGAUUCGGAGCUCUCGCACGAAAUGUUGACUUUCGACAGAAUAGAAAUCGAUUUAAUGGGAGAACUGAAGGAAUUCCUGCACAAGAAGUCGUCGACCGACGAGUCCUCCAAUAGCAGUAAAUCCAAUAAAUCGGUUUACAGCCAGAAUAGCGCUUCCGCCAACUCUUCCUCCUCUCAAUCCAACGCCAUCUCAUUCAUCGCGCGACCCAUUCCUCCGCCAAGAAGUCAAACGCAACGCAAAGCGAAGCCAUUCGGCGGCGACGACGCCAGGGAUGGUAAGGAAGAGUCGCUCAUAGAGUUGGACACUCCGCCCGACGGCGACCACAAUGAGGACGCGGCCGUCAUAUUUGACCCGUUGUUGGAGCCGUCGAGACCGACACCCCGUCCGGCCAAUAGUUUUGAGUUUAUUUCCGGACUGCCGACAGUGUCCGCCCAGACCAGCGCCGCAGCGACCGCUGGUUUGCCCCGUAAUAACAGCGCCAGUAGUGCCUUAUCGUCGCUGACAAACGCUAAGCAAAACGCGUUCUCGUUGUCAGAUAUGAUCAACUGGUCGUCGUCUCAGAUUACAAGUGUUGGCCCACAAAAGCCUAAUCUCAUGCCUACACUCCCAGCGCAGACCACACUCUCCACCGCCAGUAACCCCUCCAACAGCACCACAACCGCUGGUAAUCCAUUUAAGACGUCCAACUCAUGGCAACACUUCGACUGA